AUGGUUCCAGAUGAUAAUACUGGACUGAAACUACGGCUCCUCUCCCGGGCGAGGCCUGUCACCGACCAGCAGCCGCUCCGCUCAGCCCGGCGCUCUCCUAAUCCCCGAGCUCAAGUAGAUUCCGCUGGCCCGCGGCCUGCACUCUCCGCCGGGCCUACGCCUCCCCGGCUGCCCGGCAGGAGCCCGGUCCCCACCGCGGGAGCCGGCCGAGAGAGGGUACAAAACCACCGCCACCCAGGGCGGCUGCCACCAGAGAGGAGCGAACUCUCGACUCGCCCAGCAGGAAUUUACCUGGGCGAAUCGGCGUCUGAAUCCAAGAGGAGGCCGAGGCCGCUGUGGCGAAAGACUAUAAUCCGGGCCGAGAGGGGGGGUGGCUACGGCUCCUCUUCCGUCUCCUCAGUGCGGGGAACAUGUAGAGCCGGGGGGAGACCAGCCGAGAAGACAAAUCGCUGCUUCUUCUUCCUCCUCCUCCUCCUUCUCCCACAUAGAAACACUCACAAACACCCGACCAGGGGCCCGAGCUACCGGGGGGGCAUCGCCACGGGCCCAGGAACCAAUCCUCCUGUCGGCGGGGGCGUCCCUCCCUGCGGCUUGGUGGUGUCGGAACAAAAUGCCGACCGGAAGUGCAGCUGCAGGAAUGACUCCCUCCGCCGGCGCCAAACACUAACAACCACCCCCUCUUCCCCACUCCACUUCCGCCACCGCCGCCGCCGCUGCCGCUGCCGCCGCCGCCACUCGGGCUCACGUCUCGGCCGCGCCGCACCGUACCGCACUCGGGCUGGGCCAGGACGGCGGUCGCGCGACAGCAGCUCUCACUCUACGGCCUCCUCGCGGCGGCCGCGGAGAGUGGAUUUUGCGGAGCGGCGUCUGCGGCGCGACUCGAAGGCUGGUUCUCCCCGGGCUUUCUUUUCCUCGAGGCCGACCGCAGCGGGGCCCGAGUUUGGUGGCGGUCGUGUGCGUGAGGGUCCUCAGGCCCAGGGCGCCUCGCUGGCCGCGGACGGCGGCGGGCGGAGACCGCGCUCGGCGCCCCUGCUCGCCGUCAUUAGCUUUAGGGAGCUAGGCUUCGGGCCGCCACGCAGAGGACGCUAGCGAUACGACGGCGACCGGGCAUUUUUCAAAUGUUUCCCUCAGCCGGGUGGAUGGAUAUAUCGUACACCUUUUCUCCUUUUAAGAGGCCGGACUUCACGCCUGUCUGUGUGUCAUUUCUGCGGAGUAAGAGCACAACCCUCGGAGGUGAAGAUGACUCCCAGCUGCAUCGGGUUGGAAUCGAUCGUGUUUGUGAUGUAUUUAUUUCUGGAAACGGGCGCUCGCUGCUGGACUUGCUUUUUGCUGCGGUGGUUUUGAUUUCUCCCUACCGGGAUGAGGCCUGUAGGCGACGCUGUUCGAGCUAGGAGCGGUUUGCGGCGGAGCCGAGUCCGGCGCCCGCGUCCGGGUGUGGGUGGAGCCGAGCGCCGGGCCCGGGCAGAGACUGCAGGCUGAGCUUCCUCUGCAUUGAAACCGAGGCGCCGGACGAGGCCGGAGUACAAACUGAUGAUGCGUACUGUAUCAGGCCCUUGGUAGUCGCUCACUGUAAAGCAAGGAGUGGUUUCAGCGUUCCACAGUUCUCUAAAGUUUAUUUGUGUAAAUGAAAAGGGGGCUGUUCUUCAGGUAAAAAGUGCAGUAGGUAAGCAGACUUUAUUCAAACAGGCCGAAAUUUGUGGUUUUUUAGUGAAUUCUGUUAAGUCAACCUUAAUUGUAUUGUGUAUGUGCAUGUAUACCAGUGCGCCGCAAGUAUGGGAAAACUUGCCUGCUUUCAGGUUAUCCCUUGCCUCAGAAAUCAUUUUGCUGUAGUCCCUGCUACAGUUUCCUGUGGAGGUCGGAAAGGGGCAAAAGCUAAAGCCUUGACAUUGCCCAGAGGCGCUGGAGCGCUGGAGGUGAGAGUGAGAGGGACCUACCCUAGCAUAUUUGCAAAGAGGGCUCUACCUUGAUACUCUCUGCCACGCUCCUUCCCCAAGUAUUCAUAGGGCUCUCUGCCGCAUGUUUAUAGAGUUUUCUUCAAAUGUCAGGUGAGUGUUUCCACGGCCACAAUUUAAACUGCAAAUUCCCUGGUUCCCUUCUCAUUUUAUCCCUUGGACAUUCCACGUAUCUUUCUUGUUUAUCUUUCUCUCCUUCCCGAGUAGAAUGUAAGCUCCAAGAGGACAAAAGGUUUGGUUUUUGUCCACUGGCGUUUUGUCCAGCCGCAUAGAUGUCGUGACACCCUCUCCUCUCCGUUUCUGAACUCUAUCCUUUAAUGUGUACUUAGAUAUGCCUAACAUAUUUAUAUGCCACAAACAACUUUGUGGAAGGUGGUGAAAACUGGAAAAAUGCAAGUGUGCUACAGACUUCUCGAAAAAGAUCUCUUCUAGACAUUUGAAAACCCACAAACCAGUGAUACGACUUGCUUUUAGGUUUCUGAAAAAAGGCAAGGUGGAAGGAGUACAGUAGUGUAGUAGAUCAUAUGAUCAUAUCCCUAGUAGGCCGAAUCAUUUUGUUUUCUUCAUCCUGUUCUCUCCCCAAAUACAUGUUAUUUUCAAUGAACUAAAAAGUCCGUGAAUUUGGUUGGCUCUGCCCAAAUCCAACAUCGAUGGAAAAGUUCAUUCCCUUCAUUAUGCACAAACUGUGUAGUAGGCACAGUGAUUCAAAGGUAUUUGUGUCUGCAGCUAGGAGGCCUUACGUAAAGGGCUACAUAUGGCUACUCUGGUUACCUGUUUCUCAAUUAUGCUGUCAGAUAUAGCAAGAACUAGAUUUAUUUUUACAGUUUUCUGAAGAAAAGGUUCAAUGAAAGGUGAGGUCAGGCUUAGUGUGGCUGUUUUAAUUCACCAUUUGCUGUUUAUUUACAUUUACCUACCUUAUAGCACUUGGUAUACCAAUACUUGAAAAUGAUUUUUAAAAACUAUAAAAUGAAGGUAAGAAAUAUUUUUUGGUGGCUGGAUAAAUAGCCUUUUAAAUUAAAUAAAUAUACCAGUACAUUAGAAGCUAUGCACUAACCCUUUAGCUAUGUUACACUGUUACACAUUUUCAUUUUAUUUACUGAAUUUUUGCACAAAAAUCAGUAUGUUAUAACCAUUAAUAACAAUUAAACAUUGUUUAGUAAAUCCAGUAGUCUACUCAUUACAGGUUUACGAAUUAAUCUUAAAAACAGAUUUAAGUAACAUACAUAUUACUCAGAAUACCUUGUUCACUGUUUCAAAAUACCAUCAUUUGAGUUUGUUUAUGGAAGAGCAGUUAUCUUCCUGUAUACUUAAAUGUUACGGGUGAUCUAGUAAUUUUGUAUGUCUAGGUAACACUCUGUAGUGUAAACUCUUGGCAUUACUGCAGAAGUUAAUUUUUUUUUUUUUUUUUUGGUACCAGAGAUUGAACUCAGGACCUUGAGCUUGUGAGGCAGGCAAAGUGCAGAAGUUAAUUUUUUAAUUUAAAAUUUAAAUAUUUAGUUUAUUCCCUCACUUAAAUACAUAUUGAGAACCUAUUAGGUGCUAAUUAGCUUUCUGCUAGGUGCCUCAUAUAAAAUAAUAAACGAAAACAAAGUCACUGUCUUUGAGGGCUUUUAUUUGUAUGUGGUUCAAACCAGUUUUUGCCCCAGGUAUAGAAUUAAAGAAAUUGUUUCAAUGCCUAUCAGUAUUCCCCCAUUAAAUCAGUUAAUAUUUUGCUUCCCUAAAUUUUAAGUAUCCAAAUUGAGUUCUUACAUAGAAUCAAUAGUCAUGUUUUCUUAAUUUCAUACUUUUUUUCCCUCUUUUGCUUAUUGUCCUCAACACCAUCAGUUCGUUUUACUCUUACGUUUUUAAAACUCUAAUGUCCAACAUCAGUUGACUUUUCGUGACAUAUUUCAUUGUUAUAUCUUUAACUUGUCAAUUUUUGUUUGGAAGGUAGCCCAAUAAAUCUUUAAUAUGACCUAAGAUUGCCUUCUUUCUUUAAGGAAUAAGUUGUAUAACUCAGUUUUACUUGCUGAGAAUAUUUCUGGAUAUUCUCAUAUGUAGUUUUGACCACUGGAUUGCAGAUUUAAAUUUACAAUUUUAAAUGGAUUUAAGUAUUAACUACCUGUAUUAAAUGCCAUUACCAAAAAUUGGUACAAAUGAACAAAUUAUGAAUUCUUAUUUUUAUUGAAGAAUAUUUAUCUUAAAGAUAAAUGCAGCUUCCCAUAGUGAUGGGAGUAAAAAACAAAUCUUAGAAAAAUCAUCUCACUAUACUUGUUACUUAUCCUUGUUAGUGAUAAAAUUAUCUGUAAUAGGAACCAAGUUUUAAAAUAUAGAAAAAAACAAGUAAAAGAUACUGUAUGAAUGUUUUUUAUGUUAUUUUAGACUAUCAAAAUUAUUUCACAUUUAAGAUACAUUACUUUUAAGAUAACAAACUGUUGAAAAGUUAGGGAUGCUGCUUUUGAGCUCAGAACUAUACAGUUAUCAGAUGACUUAACAAUCUGUAAAUAUGUUACUGUUUCAAGUAAGUACCUUAAUCAAAUUUGCAAUAGUGUGUAUGAAGCUUAUUCCACAUAUUUGGUCAAUUUUUGUUAAGAGUCUAGAAAUGAAUUUUUUUUCUCCUAUGAAUGUCUUUAUUCAUUUUGGCCUAUUUUGGUCUUCAAGAAUAAGCUUUAUCCUUUUAUUAAUCCUUCUGACCUGUAAUUAAGAAUUUUCUCUACAUUUAUAGAUUUUUUAAUCCAUACUAUUCAUUUAUGACCCUAUGACUUAACUGUAUCUGUUUUUUUGUGUGUGCUUUAUAUUUCUAAAUCAGGGUAACCAGUUACUUACACUACAAGUUUCACUGAGCAAGGCAUAGGGUAAGGCCCUCAAAGAAAUGCAUUUCUGAAAUAUGAUUUCCAUAUAAAGUUAUUUAAGGCCAUAAAUCUUCAUGAAAGUCUAAUCUUCAUAAAACUUACACAUAUGCUGGAUCUGAACCAGAAAGUUAAACUAUACAUGUAUUUUAAUACUGAAUUGUUCUAGGCAAACAUUCAAAAGUGAUCUUAUUUAUGAAGGAAGAAUAUAAAACAUUAAAAAUUUAAGAGAUCUGCAGUUGGUAUGAAGGAACCUUAGGAUGCUCAUUUUAACCACUCUUUCACAUCAGCUUGUCAAAGCUUCUGCUCUAGAUCAGUAUUUUAAACUAUUGUUAUGUAUCAUUACACAUCAUGAAAUUAAUUCAGUGAGUUUUCUAGCAUUUUGUAUUUAAAAUAUAGAAAAGAAUAAAAAAAUCUGAGUACAUCGCAUAUGGUAAGAUAUGAUUAAAAAAACAUUUUGUUUAUGUGUUAUGUGUGCUGGAUUACCCUGAAAAUAUAUUUCUUACUGUGAAUUGUAGGCAAAAAUGUGGGUUUUUAAAAAAUCUACAGUUCAGGUAUUCCUUUACUUACCCCUUAGAAAAUGGAAAAGAGGAAUGUUAGAAAUUUCUGAUUGCCUAUAAAAUAGUGAAUUGUAGAGGAGGCACCAGGAUAUUUUAGGAAUUUGACACUGGUUUCAAAAAGGUAAUCUAGGAAAGAAACUAUAUUGGUAAAAAAGUCAAACAUGAUUAAAGUUAGGAGAAAUUACUUUCCCAGUAGAUCUACAUUUGGUACAUUUAGAUAUAUGACUACUAUAUGAUCUAUUGGAGCAUAUUUUCUAAUCUAACAUUUCAGAUACAGCAGAAUAAUAAAUAUGAAGCAAAAGAUGUUUCUUUUUCUUCUUUUUUUUUAUGGUACCGUGGAUCAAACAGGACCUUGAGCUUGCAGGCAAGCACACCACUGAGCUAAAUCCCCAGCCCAAAAGAUGUUUGUUUCUAUUCUCAGCUUCCCUUCAAUUUUAAAACAAGUGUUUAUUAAUUAGUUGUAGGAGAGCAAAACAAAUUACGGUCUUUUACAGAGUAAUUAUAAGAACAAGUUACUCCUUAAAAAUAAAACAAAAAUACCCAUAAACUUUCAAUGAAGUUUUUCAUCCUAGCCAAAGUACAUCAUUUAAGUUGUUAACUCUCACUUGUCAUUUCACUUAUUCUACAUGUUUCAAUAAAUGUACUUAAAAUUUAAAAGGAAGAAACUUAAGGAAAGAAUUGUGUACUGGAUUUAAAAAAAAAAGGCUUAUUGGAUGAAUAGAAUGAAAAAACUAAAAGGAUUAUAUCAUACUGAAAUACUUUAAUAAAAUUUAUGCAUUUCUUACUGUUUACUUGCUAUGUGUAGAUUUCAGUAGGGUAGUGUGAAGUCUAUUUAAGAGAGCAUUAAUAUUUUAUUGGAAAUGUUAGGGCCGGGGAUUUAGCUCAGUGGUUCCGCUGCCUGCCCCGGCAAGCACAAGGACCUGAGUUCGAUCCCCGGUACCUAAAAAAAAAAAAGAAAUGUUAUGCCAGGACCUUUCAAUGAUAGCUACAUAAGUUCUAGCUUUGUUAAAACAUUAGGUAUAUACAAACUUUACUAGAGAACUAACAUAAACAUCUCUGAAUUAUUGAACCAAAGAUAUUUUACCCCUAAAUUUUCACCACAGCAAUACAUACCCUAAGAUGGGAAUUAUAUUACUACCAGCAGGGGGAGCUAAGUCAGUCUUGAAAGGUAGGCAUCUAAAGGAAGACCACAUGACUUCCUGUUUUGAAUUUAACUGUUGUUGCAGCUGUUCUCUUUCUGAGUUUACCAAAAAGCAAUAAAACACGAAGGGCUACAAAUACAUUAAAUGUGGGUAGGGUGACAGGCUUUUUUGUUGUUUUUGGGGGGAGGUGACAGAUUUAACUGUCAAAAUUAUCUUGUACAAAGCAAAUAGGAAAAAACAUCCUGUUCAAAUUAAGGACAGCCCAAGGAAGGGUAUUUGGCAUCAAAAAUAAUUGUUAAAACCAUUUGUUAAAAGCUGAGCAAGUAAAAUAUGCAAACAUUAAGAUACUGAUUUUCUACUCUGGGUGGUGAAAUGUGAAUUAAAACAAAGAAGAAUGUUUAUUAACCAUUUAGCAAGUGAAAUUCAAAUAGAAUUUAAACGUAGAAAUGUCUCAGUAUUUAAGAUGGAAAAAAGGAAAAAAAUAAAGGCUAUGAUGAAUUGCUCUCCAGGUGUAACAGCAUUUCUUAUUCCAUAUUUAUUUGAAGCUGAAAUUGGGUUCUAAAUAGGCAUAUUUUAAAAUUAUAAAGUUGUAUAAAUUAGAUUGAGUUUAUAUUGAAUUUAUAUUUACUUAAUCUAAAAAAUGGGUAAAUUAAUAGAAAAUUAUUACAGUGAAUACUGAAGUGCUUUUUCACAAUAAUAACAGAAUAGAAUUGUUUCCACUAUUCCUUAUAAAUGCAGCAAAAAUGUACUGUUUUAUGACAGGUGUUUGGAGGAGUAUACUAGCUCAAUGAUAAUUAUAUUGUCAGCUCAUUUAAUAUCUGUUAAGAAUCUCAAAAUGCCUGAUAGAAUGAGUGUGUACUGAGUAGACAGAUAAGGUCUACUUACUGUGUGAAGUGGGACUAUAAGAGCUGAGUGUUAGCUAACUGCAUCAAAAUAAAAAACUGAAAAAUA